AUGAGCCGCACCAGCACCAGCACCAGCGACACCCCGCCCCCGCACCCGCUCAUCUUCCCGCUGUACCUCCUCCCGCCACUCCCCUUCCUCCCGCGCGCCUCCAACCCCGCACGCGGCAAGAAGCCCGCCGCCGCCGCCGCCGCACCACCCGAAGCCCACCUCCCCGGCCACACGCAGUACGUCAAGUGCCGCAGCUGCCUCAGCGACCUCUGCCCCACCAGCCACAUCAUCUCCAAAGGGUUCACCGGCCGCCACGGCCGCGCCUACCUCCUCACGACGCUCCCCGCCGCGGGGAUCACGCUCUCGCCGCCAACGCCACGCCCGCUGAUUACGGGGAUGCACACGGUGUCUGACAUGGCGUGCGCCGUGUGCGGCGAAAACAUUGGCUGGAAGUAUGUCAGUGCCGAGAAGGAGGACCAGCGGUACAAGGUGGGCAAGUACAUUCUCGAGCGGGAGCGGGUCGUGAAGGUGAGUGCGUGGGAGCAGGUGGCGGGGCCAGGGGUGGAGGGACGCGGAGAGGCGGUGGAUGUGGAUGUGGACGAUGAGGGGGAGCUGGAGGAGUUGUUUUUGGGCCUGUGGACGGCGGAGGGGGCGGAGAGGAGGCGGAGGGGGAGGGUGUGA